AUGGCGAGCAGAACUAGCAGGACAUCUUCAUCGCAAUCAAGGAACAACCGACAAGGGAGGAGGUCAUCAACGAUAGAAGACUCUCUUGUAAAUUAUGUUUACGCUUUAAGAGAGGCUAUUGAUGAAAUGACAGGGGUGGAAGAAGCGUUGGUCGACCGUAUCAAUCACUUAACGGUGGGACUAGAAGGGUGUCUUCGAGAGGUCAACCUUUUGCACCAAAGUCCAAAUAAUGUGAAUUUUGAGCGAAAUGGGUUUAAUAAAGAUGGAAAAUUGGGGGAAAAUGGUGAGGUUGAUCAUCAUUCUGUUGGGGGUAAACAUGGAAAUAAUAAUAAUAAUAAUAAUAAUAAUAAUAAUAAUAAUAAUAAUAAUAAUAAUAAUAACAGUGGUGUUAGUAAUAAUGAGAAGGAUAAUGGUAAGAAUAGUGUUGAUAAGAGGUUCAAGACUCUGCCACCUUCAGAAUCUUUGCCCAGAAAUGAGACUGUUGGUGGGUAUAUUUUUGUUUGUAACAAUGAUACCAUGCAAGAGAAUCUUCAAAGGCAGCUUUUUGGUUUACUGCCACGCUACCGGGACUCUGUUAGGCAUAUCACACCUGGUCUGCCUCUUUUUCUUUACAACUACUCCACCCACCAGCUUCAUGGUGUUUUUGAGGCUGCAAGUUUUAGCGGAACAAACAUCGACCCGUUUGCAUGGGAAGACAAAAAGAACCCUGGUGAAUCACGGUUCCCUGCUCAGGUGUGCGUUAUAACUAGAAAGUUAGCCGAGCCGUUAGAAGAAGACUCAUUCAUGCCAAUUCUUCACCACUACGACGGCCCUAAAUUUCGCCUUGAACUCAACAUCCCUGAGGCGCUCUCGUUUUUGGACAUAUUUGAGGAUAACAAGAACUGAAGCAUGGUCGAGGAAAAUCAAGUAUCAACAUGUAUUAUAAGGUUAAGAAGUGGUUUUGUGAUAAUGUGAGAUAUGUUUAAUCAUAUAUACGUAACUAAUAUAUGUUAAUAUCGAGUCGUAUUAAGAAA